AUGGAUUUCCACUUGGUCGCCAACGAUGGAGAACAGGACAGCGGUAAGCUCAGAUUGACUCAAAAGGUUAUUGAAAAGUUGCGACUGAAGCCCGAGGAGUAUGUUUUAGUCACUUUAUCAGAUAACACAACCUACAUAUGUCGAGUGAGUGCAUUCAGUUCAAUUAUAGAAGAGGGGUGCACAAUCGAUAGGAUGAUAAGUCUGUCAGGUCAGAGUUGUUCAUCACAAGAAAUCAUAAACAUUUCUCCUCUGACAAACGUUUCCACAGCAACGAGUGUUUCUCUACGUGUGACUUCUUUAAACCCUUCUCUCUAUUCGUUUAGUGAAGCCGUCAAUAUAGAAAAGUAUAUUAAAAUGUUACUAUUAAACAAAGUCAUUUGCGAGAACUGUGUAGUGACGAUCAACACACUCAACUUGCAAAUUGUCACCGGCAAAACGCCUUCAUUCGUGAAAAUCACCAACGAAACAAAAUUCGAAAUUUUACAAAAUCCAAGCGCUCUUGUCAAACCCGUCGGAUACCAAAAUACCCUUGAAACACUCAGCAAAUUACUUCAGAAGAAGAAUUGUGGGAUUUUGUUGUUAGGUGAACACGGGUCUGGGAAGUCGACAAUUGCAAAGUACUGUGCAUCGCAGGCCAAUACAGUGAGGUAUUACCCACACUAUCAGAUCACAGAGGACACGACAUGUGUAGAUACUCACAUUCACAAUUCAGUUGUUAUUCUUGAUGAUAUAGAUGAGCUCUUGAAGGACAACUCGUACGUGUUAUAUGAAACGAUAAAAGAGUUGUUACUUCACAACACCGUCCUCUGUAUAUCCACAAAAGCAGUUCCACCCGUUUUCAAAGGAAAUUUAUUAACUGAGGAGUAUGUCAUCCCCCCACCCGAUGUUGACACGCGAUUUCAAAUAUUGGAAACCCUUCGGCCACACCACGAAAACGUCCACAGAAAGAUAUCUAAAAAGGCUGUGGGAUAUCUUGCAAACGACUUGGUUUUGCUCGAGAACGAAGUGAACUCGCGAUUAACACAAACUGUUGAAAACACAGAGAAUCAGCGUGAAGAGGAAAGUAAACUAGAAGAGGUCUAUUUGCAUUCUAUGACUUUCAUUACACCAUCGGUACUCAUCGGAAGCGAAACGGACUACGACAGACUCUCUUGGGACGAAAUUGGUGGGUUGCAGAAUGUCAAAGAAGCGAUGACGGAGGCGAUAGAGUGGCCAAUGUUACACAAAGAAAGAUUUCAGUUGUUAAACAUCAGACCAUCGAGGGGAGUGCUUUUGUACGGCCCAAGUGGAUGUGCGAAAACGUCUGUUGUGAGAGCCACUGCGACUAUGUUAAACACUUCAUUCAUCACUUUAAACAGCGCAACAAUUUACUCGCCGUUUGUUGGAGACGCAGAGGCGUCUGUAAGAGACGCUUUUAGAAGAGCCAGAAGUGCAACGCCAUGCAUCAUUUUUAUCGAUGAGAUCGAUACUGUUGUUGGUAUCAGAAGUGGAGGGAGUGGAGGAGAUAGUGUCAGAGAUAGAGUCUUAUCCACUAUGUUGAAUGAAAUGGAUGGUGUUGAAGAGAUGGAGGGCGUGGUGUUGGUUGCUGCGAGUAAUCGGAAGGACUUAAUUGAUCCAGCGCUACUCCGACCAGGCAGAUUCGAUUGUUUGAUUGAGAUACCAAAACCAGACUUACAAACACGAGUCGAAAUAUUCAAUGUCGCACUACGUAACAUCCCAGUUGAGAAAGAUAUUGAUGUCUCAUUGUUGGCACAAAAGUCGGAAGGUAUGAGCGGAGCUGAUAUCAAGUGGGUUGUGUCGGAAGCGUGCACCAAAACAUUACGAGAAGAUAUCAAUGCCAAGUGCUUGAGUAUGAAAAUGAUGCUUGAAGUGAUGAAGUAA